AUGUUAAACAUGGAUAAGGCAAUCAACCUGCGUACCAACAAGCUGAUAGCUGCAGCUGGCUCUGCAUCCGGGGCCAUUGUAUGGGCGCGCCCUGCGGACCGCAGCAGGCCAGAUGGAAACUGGGUGGCCAGCAAGUACUAUGCUUCCACAGUCGACCCAGACAAGAUCAAACCGUCAGAUGCCAGCGAUGCCACUACUGAGCUGCUGCUCUACCGGUACACCAACCACUUCCUGGAGGACGGUGCCACACCUCAUGUGUGCCAGAUGUUUGAGCAUCUUCGUCACCCCAACGCAAAGGCCAACCUGGCCAACGCGAAUGUGCUCAACAUGGUUCAGAAGAAGAGUAGACAGGCCGCUGCCGCGAUACGGGGGUUGGACGCGCGUGUAGACGCACACAAGUUCCUUCUCCACCUCUUGACGAUGUCAGGUGUCCCAAGGCAGACAAGGAGGGGAACGUUUGUGGUCCAUGAUCCCUACGAGUGGGGCCGCUCACCCACUGGCUUCUCUCCGGUGAGAAAGUGGGUCCAAAUCGCAAAGCUGCUGAAAAGGUGGACAAGUUUUGAUUCCUUCAAUGCGUGCUCCGAACAGACUUUCAACCUUGCAAGUGCUGUUCCGCAGCAGGUUGCAACAGACUUCCAAAGAGACCCGAGGCGUUCCCAGACGUUUGAUGCUCAGAUCCACACCACAUAUUCAUCAUGCUUCCACUACAACUACCCCAUCUCGUUGUCUGACGAGGUUGACCCGUCAGCGUUGAGGCUAAAGUGUGUGUUUCCAAAAUCCAGCAAGAUCGACCUUUCCCAGGCAGGUGCGGGGAGCGCAAACGACGUUCUCCAAGAGUAUGCAGAGUAUAACAUCGUCGAUACGAUCGAUCUCGCAGGGCGCACCGUAGUAGAGGCGUGCAGCAUACAGAGGCUCUUUGAGGCCCCCGCAAGCCCACUCCCUGGCCCUGGCAAGGUCUGCCCUCAGCCAAACCUCGCAGGCCCCCCGUUGCAGAUGAACAUCAGAAACGCUCAGGUGCGGUCCAACAACAAUGGGGUGACAGAUAUGGAUGUGGACGAACCGGACCCUGUUGUACCGCAGCUUAACCCGGACGCAGGGGAGCAAAACGAGGCAAUCCCCAUGACUAUUGUGUAA